AUGUGGGCAUCUAGUAGCAUGAUCAGCACUAGCGAUUGCGGUGAUAGUUCACGUGGUGUGCGAUUGGAACGCGACCCUAAUAAUAGACUAACCAUUACGCAAGAAACAGACGACACGGGAUCACCUGGUUGCAACGUGCAGCUAUCCGACCAGGAAAUUGUCACCGAUCUAUUGGCGACCCUACCCAAGCUUAAGGCUGCUGUCGAGGAUCACGAAAACAAAGCUCCGAAUUGGCUCCGCACGUCAAAAAGUGGCGAUUCUGUUGAAAUUUAUGAACUCUUGCCGACUCAUGAUGGCAAAGGAGACGACAUGGACAUUGUGCAUUCCGUGGUGGCAACAAUUGAGAUCGAGUGCCAUUUUAACGAGGUCCUGAAUGUUCUUACAAGUCAUAAAACAAACCACGACUUGGAAGCGUCGAUGCGAGCGAUUAUCCCCAAGAAAAAAGUUCGACAGGGUGAAGUUUUGCUACAGCCUCAUGCUACAACGCUGGAUGGAUCUCCGGUCCGACGGACUGUAAUCAAGAAAUCCUCACGUGGAUGUAGAAGUGUCACGUUUCACAACACGAGUAUUCCCGAAAACGAAGAAGAGGGCGUGGACAGACAGCGUAAAGUGCUUGUAAGUGUUAGUAUGACACGCUUUAAGUCGAAACGUCGAAUUGAUCUUCAAGGCCGACUUCGCAAUUGCCACCAGCGGCUGCAAAAACUUUGUCUAGCAACCCUUACUCAUCAGUUUGCGGAUAAACAGCGCGCCGUGCAUGUGAUUAAGACUCUACCUCGAUCGAUACACGACCAGCUUGCUCCUAUUGAAGAGAAGCACCAGAAUCGAUCUGUUCUCGGAAGUGGUUUGCGAGGACUGGAUCAUAUUUCAGUGGGUUUCGACAUCCAGACGAGGCAUGUCCACUGUGUUGGUGCUCGAGGCGCUGCGCAGUCGACUAGGAUUUUUGCUCACGGAUAUGCUUCUGUCACUCCUCCGGAACAAUUUGGUCAACACCAACAAAAGAUCACGACAUCGUACAGUCCUUCGGAGUUAGCAAACUAUCGCUCAUCUCACGUGAAUGCUGAAGCCAAGCAUGUGAUUAAGCUAUUAACCACUUCAUUGCAGCAAUUUGAGCGCGUGAUUCGGCGUCGUCGACUUGGGUUGCAGACGUUUAUUAAGAUCAAGCCUGGUGAUCGAAGUGGCGGUGAUCGCCAAGGAUUCCAGACUUGUGAAGUUUGCAACAAACGUUUCUCACUACUUCGACGUGAGCUUUACUGUCAAUUAUGUGGUCAUGUGUGUUGUGGGGACUGCUCCAAGCUAUACGAAGUGGAGACUAACGUUGGAGACGUUAGCAAAAAACGUUUGUGUGUGCGCUGCAUCGCUAAUGUGGAUUCUUGUAUCUUCGAAGAUGAGGACUUCAUUGCAGCUCAGGGUCCAGCAGUGAUUGAUGAUGAUUAUGAGCAUGAUGACGAUAACGAUAGCGAUGAGCUUGAGUGUAGCUAUGAUCGUCGUGACGAAAAUAACACGUACGCGAGUAUUGGGUCCACGGUCGCUUGCUCGGAGCUUGAAAGAGGGUUUAGCCUUGAUGAAGCAUCGUCAGAGAUCUAUCGAGAUAACGCGCUGGAGCGCUCAAUGGCUCUGCACACGCUUGGUCGACUAGUACAGUCGCAAGCCCAUGCUCCCGGAAAGCAGACUUUAAGGGAGCAAUCUUGCCUGAGCCAGUCGCAUCUUUAUCAAUCGCAACUUACGCAGAGUCAGCUCAGUCAAUCGCAGUCCAAAAAACUGAUACAUUCUGGGCUAAGUCGGUCGCAAUUCCAGAGGUCUCAACUUACGCAAAGUCAGCUCAGUAUAUCUCAAUUCAAGAGGUCACAGCUUACACAGUCUCAACUGAGCCAGUCGCAGUCUAGGUUGCAAUACCAGCAGUCUCAGCUUACACAGAGUCAGCUCAGUCAGUCACAGUCUCGAGCGCAAUUCCAACAGUCUCAGCUAACCCAGAGUCAACUUAGCCAGCCUCCGUCUUCGCUCACGCGGUCUCGUUUCAACAAGGAAUCUCAGGUGGACGAGUCGGUCGUGGCGCAGCUUCGUGCAGAUGUUGAAAGUCAUUUGAAACGCACGUUGCGAGCGACACUCAAGAGGUUUCCUGGAGCUGACGAGUCCCAGUUUUCCAUCGCACCUGUAGAGCGUGACUACCAACUCGAAUUCGACGGCCGUCAGACCAUGUCUCCAUCGCACCCGUUGCCACCAAAACCUCUUCCAGCUAAAGAACGACGGAGACUACAAUAUGUUAUCGGCUCGGGUGCAAUGAGCCCCACGUACGACCGAAGUGCACUCAAUAUGCUGGCUCAGAUCGCAUCGACGCACCUGAAUUGCCCUAUCGGAUAUGUAACCAUGAUCGACCAGUCGACGCAGUACGUGGUUGGGCUCCACCCUCGUGGCGCCAUCCGAAUGUCCAUUUCUCGAGAGGAAUCCAUGUGCUCGUAUACCGUUUAUCAUGAACGUCCACAGGUGGUUAAGAAUGCGCUAAACGACAUUCGCUUCAGUCAUAUGGGCUUCGUAACGCAGACCGGUCUUCGGUUCUACGCUGGGUUUCCUAUUCGAGCACCCGACAAUACCGUGGUUGCCACACUUUUACGCCGAAAUGGAGGCGUUAGCAAACUUGGCAAGUACGCUCAUUAUCGCUCCCGAACUGAGACCAAGACGGACAAGCGGGAUUUACGCGAGCACCCAAGAUGGUAA